GCCAAUGCGCCGGCGGGGCAAGACAUCGGUAGAAGCACAGUUCUCACGGCUAUAGGAUUUGUAGAAAUUAUAAUAAUGUUCUUGUAAUGUUUAAUUUCUUUGACAAAAAGGGGAAUUUGUGUGCUGCGUGAACAAAAGAAACAAGCGCGAGGUGUGACGUAAUUACGCCGCCGUACAUUCAUCUUCCGCCGCCGAGUCCAAAGCACGCGCCAGUGCUUCCGCCCCGCGGUGCCGAGCGAAGAAGAGGUGCACACGGCACUCUAGUGAGGUGUGAAAGCGAGGAAGGGAUGAAAGUCCACAUGCACACCAGGUUCUGCCUUCUCUGCGGUGUAGUGUUUCUCUUCCCCCAGGACAAUCACUGCCAUGAACAGGGGCACCUUGGCCAUGGGGGCCACACUUAUGAGCACAGUGACACGCAGCAGUCUGAGGUCCCAGAUCCCAGCAUAAGCCCAGUUCCACCAGACCAAGACCUGACCUUAAGUAAACAGAGAUUCUAUAUCCAGCAACUCUUCCGUCGCUACGGCCAGCAAGACCGCCUGGACUUCAGCGGUUUCCAAAGCCUAUUGCUGAGCCUGGGGCUGGGGCAAGUGAGAGUGGUGGGUCGAGACCACGAGCACGUGGACCGUGGCCUUGUGGCCCAUGUGGGCAAGCCAGAGGUGAGGGAGCACCACAAUUCCCACUCUUCGUUUCAUUCCGUGGAGCAGCAGCAGCAGCAGCCCCAUUCCAGCUCAAAGCCCGAGCUGCUCCGAGAGCAGGAGCGCAGCCUGGACACUGCUGAAGGGUCUGCUGGAUGCAUUCACAGGACCACAGGGCUGAGGAAAGCCUCGAACAGCAGUGCGCAGGAGGACCACAAACGCAGUGAAAGCCACAGAAGGAAACUGCAUCCUCACAACCAUAAGCGUCAUCCCAAACACCAGCAUGUCCAGCACAAGGGCAACAGCACGCUGAUUCGUGGAUUUCCCCAAGAGCAAUCAUACGUCACAGGUGAGAGCCACCACCCCCAGGUCACGCAGCCACUGGACUCGAGGACUACAAGGCCCAAGAAGCCCUCCAAGAGCAAAGGUCUGUCCGACAAAAGCAGAAUCAGAGCUACAGCACCUCCUGGACUUCCUGUGUUUGCUGCGGUGCUUCGGGGCACCGAUGGAACAGGAAAAUUCCCUCCGCCAAAUAGCCACAUCCACACACGGCCCUUUACUACCGAGCAUCGUGAGCCUCAACAUGGAGUGGAAGGUAUACAGAAUCACAGCGGUCAGGAAACGGACAGAAAAUACAAUUCUGAUACGAGUCAGUCCGACAUACAUUUGCACCUGAGGAAGAGAGAGGCUCCCGGCACUCUGACAGACCACCUGUCCACUGCCCUGGUCAGCCGCUCUCACAGAGUAGCACACCAACAUGAAGCGUGUGUGAACCUGACUGAGCUGCUGCGCUACUAUGGUUUAAGCCCCCACUCACUCAUCUCCCCCACUCAGUUCAGCUACCUGUGCCCCGCCCUUCUCUACCAGAUUGACAGCCGCGUGUGUGUCGCUCUUGCUCACCCUGAGCAGUCACUGCUGGAGCCAGUAAACUCGGCAUGGAUCUGGGUGUGGGGCUUUGUUUCUGUCACCAUCAUCAGCCUGCUCUCCUUGUUGGGUGUUAUGUUGGUGCCCUUCAUCAACCAGUCCUGCUUCAAGUUCCUGCUCACAUUCCUGGUGGCACUGGCUGUAGGGACCCUGAGCGGUGAUGCGUUGCUCCACCUACUGCCUCAUUCCCAAGGUGAACAUGACCACAGCCACUUCGACUCAAAGAAGGGUGAAGUAGACUUGAUUAGCACAUUUCCUGCUGUGUGGAAGGGUUUGACUGCUUUAGCAGGCAUCUACCUGCUCUUCAUUAUUGAACACUGCAUCAGCAUGUUCAAACACUACAAGAACACGAGGGGUACGGCAUGCAGGAAACGGAGGAAAGGUGAAGAAGCAAAGAUAGGAAGGAAGCUGUCGGACCACAAACUGAACCGUCGCUCAGAUGCCGAAUGGCUACACCUUAAGCCACUGACAGAAGAUAGCGUCUCUGUGCUCGCUGCAAAAGGAGCAGAGAACUUUGUGCUGUCAUGCAGCAACGAGCAUGACGAUACUCAGCUGACAGAACUGCAGGACUCGGACAACUGCAGCCAACACCAGGGGGACCAAAGCUUAGUAAAGGAGAACGGCAGGAAUGCAAAGGCAAGGAAGCACAGCCAUUCGCAUGGCCACUCCCACCACACACACUGCCAUUCUGACCAAGACAUGAAGGAUGCUGGGAUUGCCAGUAUUGCCUGGAUGGUCAUCAUGGGUGAUGGCAUGCACAACUUCAGCGAUGGCUUGGCUAUAGGUGCAGCUUUUAGUGCUAAUGUAACAGGUGGAAUCAGCACCUCUGUGGCUGUGUUCUGCCAUGAACUGCCUCAUGAGCUGGGUGACUUCGCAGUGCUACUGAAAGCAGGCAUGUCGGUGAAGCAGGCCAUUAUUUACAACGUCCUGUCGGCCCUGAUGGCCUAUGUUGGCGUGCUUAUUGGCACUACGGUGGGUCAGUACACUCACAAUGUUACCAGCUGGAUCUUUGCUGUCACUGCCGGGAUGUUCCUCUACGUAGCUCUAGUGGAUAUGCUGCCAGAGAUGCUCCAUGGGGACAGUGAAGAGCACAAACGCUGUCAGCUGAGCCACUUCUUGCUUCAGAACGUGGGCAUGUUGAGUGGCUUCACCAUCAUGCUGCUGAUAGCUCUCUUUGAGGACCACAUCGUGCUGGACUUUGGGAUCUAAUGGAGUGACUGUGAUGGCAAGUUGCUGCAUAUGUUUUGUUCCUCGGUCACUCAUCAUCUACCCACCUCAUUCACCUGCAAUGGCCCUCUUAUUAAUUAAUAUUAAAUUGGGAACCUUCAUGUUUCCACUUCUGUAUUGUACUGUGAAUCAGUGUGCAUUUGUUCCUAUCCAGGGAUUAGUGGAAGCUCAGUGUUCUGUGUUUCCCAAUCUUUAAUUGAUGGUUAAUUGCAGCUGGCCCUUGAAUCAACCGUACAGUAAGAAAACAUUGCAAUUUACAAAUACUGCACUGGCACUCACACACACCAUCUAACAAAGUAUUUAGUCCUUUUUUUUUUUUUUUUUUUUUAAAAAAAAAAAAAAGAAAAAAACCAUUCAUGGGAUUGUGUGUUGUAAUAAAAUUACUGCCAUAUUUAAACAAAGCAAUAAAAAUGUCCCUGAAAUGUGUGUCUUUAUGCCAUGCCAAACAAUGAAAAUACAUUGUAAAUAAGAAUUUGAUCACUAAUUUAAAAUUUUUAAAAAGGCUUAGUUAAACAUUGCACUUCUGGGGCUAGAGGGAGAGGAGUGAAGGGAUUGGUGGUAAAAUUCUCAUUUUCAGUCUAAAUGAAUUCCAGCAAAACAGUUUAUCGCUUAGUGCGUUUUGGCGCAUUCGGAUGCCAGAUAACUUUUAAAUGGUAGCUACUCCGGUUCCUCUAGGUCUGCUUAUGUGUAAAUCAGUGAAAACAAAAAAAUUGAGAGCUAUAGAAUAAAUCUCAUCACGAUCCUGGUGUUUCAUCUGUGUGCUUCACAUAUCCCUGCACUAGGUAUUAAUGCCAAGUGUUACUACCAGCUUAUAAAUAAAUAUAUUCAGAAAAGGGACAUUCCCCCCCCAUAUAAACAAACUAGCAAAAUGUUUGUCUAAAAGGGGGCAUGAUGGCACAGCAGGUUUGGCUGGGUCCUGAUCUCUGGUGGGUCUGGGGU